AUGGAGAUUUGUGCAAGGAUUCCCCCUCCUCCUACUCCACCAUGGUUGCUGGACAAAACAACAGAGUUUCACAGACGAAUGGCCAACUGUUCUAGUUUGACAAAAUAUGCAGAACUCUGCCACGUGCAAGCUGCAUCUGAAUAUCUACAAACAGUUCUAGACGCCGAUGGCACAGGUGCAGCUGUCAACCAGUGGAUAGCCUUCAUCACCACUUGCACACUGGCUGUUUGCAUUGUGAUUUCUGUGUGCCUGCUUUACUUUCUGCACGCAAACAG